ACAAUUCACUUUUCCGCAAUUGACCAGGGCAUGUCGACUAGCAAGAAAAAGAACUUUUGCACUGUCUUGUCCUUGGUUGUUAGCAAGUUGAUCUAAAUGUGUCAAGCAAGCUGUGGAGCGCAACGAACAUAUGUAGACUGCUCCAGAAAUGAAAGGUAAUCUUUGGGAAAUAAUUAUGAGUGUCUCACGAGUUAUUUGUAAAAGUUCAGGCGAUUGACCAAACCCAGCUAACAGUUAGCUUUAGAUGCGGUUGAUUAUCUGCUGAAGUUAGCGAUCAAAGUAACCUUUGAAGCUGUAUAUCUGAGACGGAUGGGUUUGGUUGGAGAAAUGUAUUUUAAAAAGCCUGUUGUAAACACAAAGUCAGUGUGAUAUAACUGGAAUUACUAAUUCAAUCCUUCAGAGUAGUAGCAGACUCUAGCAUUUAGGUCGACGCUAGUUUACAGUUCAAAAGUGUCUCUGAACAUGAAAAAAGGUUAAAGUCAGGUAAUAAAAUGUAAUGACUCUUGCAGUGAGAGCUAUAACAUUAUAAAAGGCAAGUGAAACUACAGCCUGAUCUUUGAUCUGUGUCACUCAUUAUGUUGCAAACCUAAGGUUUCUGUCCCUUGCUAGGUGUGUGUUCUUGCCAUAAGUAGCUGUGAUGGAUGCAGAAGCCCCGAGGGCGGCUGUGUCGUGGGAGAAUGGGACUCUGGCUCCUGUGGACCACCUCCGCUCUGACCGAGCGGACAGCCCCACACCAGGUCUGGUUGAGGGAACUGAACCGGGUAAGUCUGAUCCAUUCAGGACUCCUUGAAGAUUGUAAGCUGGCUGAUCUGCAGAUAAACUCUGAUGACAAGUUUGGACCAUUUAUGAUCAAAAGCUUUAGUCAACUGAAAUUCAUUCCUGUAUGAACUAUUGAUUUGUGCUUUUAAUCUUUUUAUUUGGUUGCACCAGAAUAGGUUAUGACAGUGGUUUUGACUUUCACAGUAAUGUUUCCUUAUUGCCCGCCCUCUAUGUGACAGUUACUACACACCCAAAAUGUUUACAGUACACGAGUAUAAAGUGUACAGUACACCAGUGUCCAUAGAAACAUCUUCCAGUUUGACUGGUCAUCCCACUGUGUGGCAUCUAAAGUAACAUAUCUUUUGGGAAGUGCGAGUAUUGCGUAAUAUUUUCUGCUUUCUUAUCCUUAUUUGCCCUCAGUUUGCACGUCAGGUUCUAUGAAAUUCUUUUAAUUCAGAAACAGAAGAUGUCUAUGUACUUUGUGGUUGCAAAGUAACAACACACUUUGCAACACUUCCAGAUCCAGAUCUUCUUUGUCAACAAAUCUUUAUUACAGAGUACUUUAUGGGCAUCUUUUUAACCAGUCAAACCUGUGGCAAGGACUGUGUGUGCUAGAGAGAGUGAGAGAAAGAGGAAGAGGGGGAGCGAGUGACAGGGCAAAAUCGUGGGUCUGCACAUCUUGUUUGUGUGAAGAAAUGUUGAACAUAUGACCAUAAUAGUGGAUCUUUUGUAAUCUUGUUUCCCAUUUGUUUUCUUUAGAAAUAAUUCAGAAGUUUGUUCAUUGAAAACAGAGUAAUUUUUUUUAAAAAUACAGGUUUGACAGUCUUUCCUUAAACAAGCCCAACUCAGAUUUAGUUUCGUCCUACUCAUCAGUGCUCUGUUAUUUAAUAUAGAUAAGCUACAGACAGAGUUUGUGAUUUUUUUUCUUAAAGGGAUAUUCCGGCAUAAAAUUAAUUUAGGGUCAAACGACCGUAACAUUGAGCUAGACACCCCCUCGAGAGAUGAAUGUUGCCAACUUUCUUCUUUAGUCAUACCAACUUAAGUAACAACCGCAGGAUAGUGAUACAUGGCGGUCAGAGGAGCCAUAAACAAACCUCACCCAAAACGCCACUUUAUAGCCACAAAUAAUGCUCAGAACAGCACCUAACUUCAUCAACAAUACAUAUAGGAUCCCAGCCAUAAUAGUAUUAGCCAUCAAACAUCUUUUUAACUUCUCCUAAUUUCUUUAGCAAAGAGACUAAACACAACUCAUCUACUCUCUUCCAGCAGCCGCUUGUUUGUACGGAGACCUCAGGCCAGUCCAUUAAGGACUGCUGUGUGGUGAAGCAGCUCAAGGAAGAACAUUAAUGGUCAUUUCUUUAUAAUUUAUCAAGUAAUAAUCACCAUAUUAAUCAUUUUGCACUGCAGACACUGUAGUUCCUCUGCCUUAGCGUCUCGGUCUGAUUGCAUUUCCAUUAAGAAUAACUAGAGAAGCAAGUGGUCGGCAACAUUCAUCUCUCGAGGGGGUGUCUAUAAUUCUGUGUUGCGGUGUGUUUGACCCAAAAUUAAUUUUACGCCGGAAUAUCCCUUUUAAUGUGGCUUAAAUUUGCAUUUUAUUCAGUCACGAAAUGAUUUUUAACUAAGUGUAACAAACAAUCAAACAAUUGGUACUUAGGCAUUGAGGACUUUCCUCCAUGGUCCAAACAGAUGGAAAAACAGAGCUCUGUGGUGUUUUUAGAAGUUACUCUUCACUUUCUUGGUACUUAUGUUGUACUUAUGCAGGUGCUGGUCAGAAGAGCGCCAUGUUUGUCCGUGCACAGUCCUUUGAAGAUCUGACUGCUGAGUCUGAAGAACUAAUUCAGAGAGAGGCACAACUGGACAAACCCAUAGAGUCUGCAGAGGAGCUUGAGGUGCUGGUAGGAGAGAAAAGCAUAGAGGAGCAGCACAACAAUGAUGUUGCUUCUGAGAACAGGACAAAGGAGGAGGAUGUGUCCAGUGAAGCAUGGAGAAGCCACAGAAAACACGUGUUUGUGCUAAGCGAGGCAGGAAAGCCAAUCUACUCCCGAUACGGCACCGAGGAGGCCCUGUCCAGCACCAUGGGGGUGAUGAUGGCACUGGUAUCAUUUGUUGAGGCAGAGAAGAACAUCAUUCGCUCCAUUCAUGCAGGUCAGAAUAAAGCUGAUAAAAAAAAUGUCCAAGAUGCAUUUCGUGAAAGUUUAUUGAAUCUUUGUCAACUCUGUAAACAUUUUGUGUGUCAGAUGGCUGCAAAGUGGUAUUCCUUGCCAAGAGUCCUUUGGUCCUGGUGGGUGUUUCCCGCACCUGUCAGUCGGACAAAGAGCUCCUGCGGGAGUUACAGUACAUCUACUACCAGAUCGUCAGCCUGCUUACCCUCACCCAGCUCAAUCACAUCUUCCAGCACAAGCAGAACUACGACCUGCGCCGCCUGCUGGCGGGCUCAGAAUAUCUCACCGACAACCUCCUGCACCGGCUGGAUCGAGAUCCUGGUUUGCUGCUUAGUGCCGUCACCUGCCUGCCUCUGCCCAGCUCCACCAGGGACGUGGUGUCAUCGAGCCUACAGGCUGCUAAAGCCAAAAACCUGGUGUUCUCCAUCCUGCUGGCAGGGGAUCGCCUGGUUACUCUGGUAAGGAAAAAGGACCAGUUCCUGCACCACAUAGACUUGAACCUGGUCUUCAACCUUGUAGGCUCUUCAUCAUCCUUUCGGGAGGGUGAAGGCUGGACCCCCAUAUGUCUGCCAAAGUUCAACACUGCAGGAUUUUUUCAUGCUCACAUUUCUUAUCUGGAGCCUGCUUCUGAUCUCUGCCUCAUACUGGUAUCAACGGACCGGGAGGACUUUUUUAACAUGUCCGACUGCAAGCAGCGGUUUCUGGAGAGGCUGAACAAGCGCAGCGCCUACCAGUCCCUGAAAGAAGCCCUGAAGUGUCCCAGCUACUCUGUGGAGCAAGUCGGCAUCCCAGAGCUGAGGCAUUUUCUGUACAAAUCAAAGAGCUCAGGGCUGUACACCAGGUGAGUAGGCUGGCCACUUAAAGAUGUUUAGGGUUGUCCUUGUGCUGAAUUUAGUGUUUGUUUGUUUGUUUAUUUAAGGUAGAAACACGCUUGAAAUGUCUUGAAGUGUCAUUUCAUUUUCUGCCAUGUUGGACUCCCAGAGUUCCUCUUUGAUGUCAAUAUUUAUGUCCUGCAUUUCACUGUGACCUCAUUUUUUUCCCCACAGCCCUGCGUAUCCUGUAGUUUAUCAGACUGAUGAAGAGCAGGAAAGGCUGAUGGGAUUGUAUCAGGACCUUCACAGCCGCUUACACCAUCCAACCAGACCUCUCCGCUCCUUGUAUCGCUGUACUGAAAGUGAAAAUUUGAUGGCGUGGGUAAGUCUGGCUAAGGUGGUCUUUACACAAGUACGAAUUUGUAAGACACCGUUAAAAUAAACUAUCGAUCUGGUGAUAUUGACACACGGAGACGCGUAUUUGUCCAUGACUCCGCAUCUUUUUUGAAAACGGGUCUGCAUUUGGAAUUCUGGGUAUUCGUGUUCAUGCCGCCGUUGGUGUAAAUAGAUAAGUCCGGAAAAGACGGUGACCUCAUAGCACCCCUCCUCCUCCCCGCCCCCCAACCCACGUUGUCACACACAGCAUGUAUGUAUGUAUGCGCAUGCUCAUUCUCUGUUUUUGGUGCUUUGUGGCAAUUUCACAGUGUCACUUUUAGGACGGGCGUAUGUACUACAGGAUUUUGCGAGGAUUUUGCGUUGUCAUGGAAAUGCACUAAGCCUAUGUACAAUACGAUGUGUAAACAGCGAUACAUGUUUUGGUGCCGACGUCAAGACAAUACGGGGCCGUCCUCGUGUGAGGAGGGCCUAAGGGUACAACAGCAGUGCUGAAUGUUUUCUGUAAAGUUAUGAUGAGGAGAAAUAUCUACAAAGUUGUGUAGGGUCAGCAAAGGCUUGGUCAUAAAAAAAUUAAACUUGCUCCAACACAAAGUGAUUUAGCACUUUGUUUUUGCACUUUUUAUGCAUCAUGAAAACUGAAAAAUGUAGAUAUAACUUUGAUAAAACACAUCACCCACCAACAACAAUGAACGUGUUUAAUUGUAUUAUUGUAGGUGACCAGUGGCUUCGAGCUCUACCUCUGCUUCAGUCCGCUUGGGACCAAGGCCUUAGCUGUCUCUGCUGUCACCAAGUUGCUCAAGUGGAUCAGGAAGGAGGAGGACCGCCUCUUCAUCCUAAGUCCUCUCACAUACUGAGCCUUGACAACAGCACUAUAUAUGCACUAGUCAGUCCAGUGUUCAGAAAAGUUAAGCUUUAUUCGUGCCACCAAGUUUAUAUGACCUUACUUACAGAUUCAGGAUGAGGUGGAUCAUGCAGUCAGGGUGGGUUACAGCAGUGUUUUAUUUGGCUCGCUUUUAUUACUUAAAAAUUAUGAUUACAACAGAUGGGAGAGCAUCAUCAUUAUGGGUUGCAAUACAACUGCAACAUUCUGUGCUGUUUGUUUGCUUUUAAAGUUGUUAUAAAUGCAUCAUUGUUUUACUGUAACAUACCUAACAUGCCUUUUGGACUAAGAUAAAUGCUGUCUAUGUUUUUUUUUUAAUGCAAUGCUUAGAUCCUAAAAUAAGUCAAGAACAGAAGUUAAAUAAAGAAAACUGGAACCUGUUGAGGACCUGCGCAGGAAUAGUAUCUCUAGUAUAUGUUAUGCUGUCAAAAUAUGGGUUCAGCACAUUCCUGUGUCUGUGUUUUGCUUACAUAAUGACCAAUUACUGUAUGAACCAUUUUUAUUUUACUUUCAUGCACUUUCUACAUGCAAAAGGCACUCCAAGGAAAAUGUGUUCAUAAAUCCUUAACCUGUUUACUGCUGUCAUUUCACUGUGUAUGAUGUAAUAUUAAUGUAACUAAAUUUAUGUCCAUUAGUCUACUUGUGUCGGUUAGAAGUUGUCUUAACAUGCGUUUCAAUCUCUACAAUAAGCAUCACAACUGAGAAAGUAUUGUGUGAUCUUUUAUCUAUUUUUGCCUAAUCAAGUUUUGCUGUAUUUCAUGGAUCCUGAUUGACUUGGGGAGUCCCAUGCUGCCACAUCUGCCUCUGCUAAUCAUGCCUUAAAUUCAUGCCUUAAAUUGAGUUAUUUUUUCCAAAGCCAAUAAGAAUUGUAAAAUUGUACAUGCAGAUUUAUGGCUGCUUUGCAAUUGAACAAUUAUUAUAUAUAAAUAAAUAAACUGAGUAUUAAAAGGCUCUUUAACUGGUUCCUUGUCCUGAUUUAUUCUGACAUUGCUGUUAGAUUUGGAGAACAAACACCAACUUGAUAUCUUUGCUUUAGCAUUAGUGUUAUAUAAAACAUGAUAGACUGUCCAUUUAUUUUCUUAUGUCUGUUUGCCAGAUUUAUUAAAGAAUGUGUUUGUA